AUGGCUGUUAUUGAUAUUGUUGAUCAAGACCAAUUCACCAAAUUAACGACUACAGAUGCUGAAGGUAAAUUACUAUCUUUAUAUUUCCAUACUGAAUGGGCUGAGCCAUGCAAGGCUAUGACUGAAGUAUUCAAGGCAUUAAGUGAAGAGCCAACUCAAAGUGACGUAUCAUUCUUAUCUAUUGAUGCUGAUUCUAACCCAGAGAUCACUGAAUUGUUUAGUAUUUCUGCUGUUCCAUAUUUUGUUUUGAUUCAAAAUGGUUCAAUUUUAAAAGAAGUAUCAGGAGCUGAUCCAAAAGAAUUCAUUAAAGCUUUAAAUGAAACAAAAUUAUCUAUUAAUAACUCCAGCUCUACAGGUAAAGAUCAACAAGCCACCUCAACAUCCACUGGCAAUGACGAAGAAGAAGAUGAUGAAGAAGAAGAAGAGACAGAAGAAGAAUUACAAGAAAGAUUAAUAAAAUUAACACAAGCAGCCCCAGUAAUGCUAUUUAUGAAAGGUAAUCCUUCAGAACCAAAAUGUGGAUUUUCUAGACAAAUGGUCGGUAUACUGAGAGAACAUCAAGUUCGUUUUGGUUUUUUUGAUAUUUUAAAAGAUGACUCAAUUAGACAAGGACUAAAGAAAUAUUCAGAUUGGCCAACUUUUCCUCAAUUGUAUCUAAAUGGUGAAUUCCAAGGUGGUCUAGAUAUUAUCAAGGAAUCUUUAGAAGAAGACCCUGAAUUCUUCCAAAACACACUUCAACCUUCCGCAUAA